UAUUUUACGCUUCCUAGAAUCGCCACCGUAGCGCUGAUUCCCAUGUCUUUACAAAUGGCGCACAGGAGGGCGGUCACUCAAUGUUCACUGCAGAUCGGGGCUACUGUUUAGUGUUUGUUUGUGGGACGUGUUUUUCGGUGCCUGGUGUGUGUUUUGUUUAAAAGGAGAUCAUUUGAUUACAGUCAGAAUGGUCGACAGAUUAUUGUAUAAUACUGUAUUAUCCCAGACGUUUUCUCCUUGUGGGAAUUUCCUUCUUGCCGGUAACACGUAUGGUGAUAUUGCUGUCUACGAUUUGCAGAAAAUUCUUAGUCCUGGAGAAGCAUUUACUCCUCCUUUGAGGAAAGCAGAAUAUCACUUCACAGUGAAUAAAGACGUCCAAAUAUGUAGCAUGGUUACAACAGAAAAAUUUCUUGUGACUGGAACUGUAGGUGAAAUUCAAGGAUGGGACUGGAAAACCAUUACUUCAAGCAAGAAUCCCAAAUUAUGUUGGAGUAUACAAAUACCGUCCAGCAAGGAUACACUGGAAAAAACAGAUGUAAACAGUAUGUUUUAUCAUGAGCAACAAGAUGUAUUGUAUGCUGGAUGUGGUGAUAAUAAGAUAUAUGUCUUUUCUUUGGAUGGUGGACGAUUUAUAAGAAAAUUUGAAGGUCACGAGGAUUACAUUCAUUGCAUUAGCCACUGGGGUAACCAGCUGGCAUCUGCUAGUGAAGAUGGUUCAGUUAAACUCUGGGAUUUAAAUCACAAGAUUUGUUCGCAUACCAUCCAACCACACAUGAAUAGCAAAGUUGCCAGACCUGAUUAUGGGAAAUGGGUGGGAGCAGUUGCCCUCAACGAUGAUUGGAUGCUUUGUGGAGGCGGACCAAAACUUUCUUUAUGGCACCUAAGAUCUCUUGAUGUCACCACUUCGUUUCCAUUGGAAGAUACUGGAGUACAUAUAGCUUUAUUUUAUGAUGAUCGUAUUAUGACAGGUGGAUCCUGUCCAUAUUUCUAUCAUUUAAGUUACACUGGAGAUGUUCUUGCCCAGAUUCCAUCCUCAUCUACUUCAGUUUAUUCUGCAGUAUAUCAAGAAUCUCCCUUAAAAGUAUUGUGCAUUGCUGGAUCUAGUUCUAAAAUCGAUUUGUGUACAAAUUUCAGUUAUCGGGAUCAAAUUCUUUCUUUUGCCCGGGUGUGAUAUGACUUUUGAAAUCAUUGUUUUUUAUACUGAAAUAGAAACCUUAUUUCUGUAUUGACACAAGUAUUGCUAUUCAAACACAUUUUACUAAAUGUGGUGAAUCAUUUUUUAUUAUGCUCAUAAUGUAAAUAAAUUUUUUAUGUUUCAAAUGAUUUGUUUGUAAUUAUAUUAUUUCCUGAUUACAUUUGAAGGACUAAAAUAAAAAA